AUGGGGCAGCAGAAAGAAUCUCUCCCUAGGAAAGACACGGAACAGGCUUACUCAGUAUGUCUGAAUAAUGAGCAACUGCAUGAAGCUCUUAAGAGGCUAUGGUUGUUAGACGAGAUUAAACCCUCGUUCACAAGAUCGAAAGAAGAAGAGCUGGUGGAACAAAAUUUCCGGAACACGUAUAGCCGUGACAGUUCUGGAAAGUUUGUUGUAACGAUUCCGUUGAAGGAGUCAUGGAAAGAUAUAGGCACGACCGAACUCAUAGCGAAGAGAAGGUUUUUUGCCUUGGAAAGAAAAUUGGGAAGAGAUGCUGAACUGAAAGAGAAGUACGUUGACUUCAUGAGAGAAUACGAAAGAGCUGGGCAUAUGACUCCUGUUGUGGGUGGACGUCAAAACCAGGCAACUUAUCACAUUCCACACCAUUGCGUCACGAAAAAGUUCCGAGUGGUCUUUGACGCCAGUUGUAAAGCAACCAAUGGACGCUCACUAAAUGACGUUCAAAUGGUAGGAGAGAAACUGCAAAUGGAUCUGCAUAACAUUCUGAUGCGUUUCCGCAGGCACAGGAUUGCAAUAAGUGCACACAUCAAGAUGAUGUUUCGAAUGGUAAAGAUUGCGAAAGAACAGUGGGACCUCCAGAGAAUCUUUUGGAGGGAAAACCCGAAGGAAAGACUAAAAGAAUACUGGCUCACGGUGGUCACGUAUGGAAUGGCAUCAUCGGCUCACAAUGCAGUGAGAGCCUUGAUGCAAUGUGCGAAAGAUAUGGAAUUGAAAUUCCCCGCUGCCGCGAAGGCAAUUCAAGAAGACUUUUACAUGGAUGACUGCGCCACCGGUGCUGAUUCGGAUUUUGAAGCAAUAAAGUUAUCGAAAGAAAUCGACUUCAUACUAAAAAGUGCAGGCUUCGAGCUAAGAAAAUGGAGUUCGAAUUCCAGAGCUCUCAUAGAAAACAUGAACAAUGAGGGGCAAAAUUCGAUUGUAUUCCAGGAAGACGAUAAAGCGUCGAUUUUAGGAUUGAAAUGGUUACUCGACAGGGACCAAUUUACAUUUGUAGUAAAGACACCGAUAUCUGAGGAUAUAAUGACAAAGAGGAAAGUAGUCAGCUAUGUAGCACAAUUGUACGAUCCUAAUGGAUUUCUAUCGCCAGUCACGAUUCUUGGUAAAAUUCUUAUACAAGAUAUAUGGCGAGGAAAGAAAGAUUGGGAUCAAGAAUUGUCGGAAGACAUUCAGGAAAGAUGGAAAGACUUUUGGAAAGAAAUUACUUUCUUGGAAAGAUUUAAAAUGGAAAGAUGGAUAGGUACAUCGAAAGAUGUAAGGAAAGAAAUUCAUGGAUUCUCAGAUGCGUCUGAGAAAGCUUAUGGGGCAGUAAUUUAUGUCAGGACAGAAUAUCCAAAUGGAAAGAUCAAGUCUACACUGCUUACAUCAAAAACGCGUGUAGCACCAUUAAAGACAAUCACGAUACCACGUCUUGAGCUAGCAGCAGCGGAGCUGCUGGGAAGGUUAUUCGUCAAUGUGAAAGAAAUUAUGCAAUGGAAAGACAUAGAGUACAACCUCUGGACAGAUUCGACUGUUACUUUACAUUGGAUUAGCAAACCACCAUGCGAUUUAAAGACUUAUGUCGCGAACAGAGUUUCGUCGAUUCAGACAAACACAGACAUCGACAGAUGGAGGCAUGUAGGCACGAAAGACAAUCCUGCAGAUCUGCUGAGCAGGGGAAUGAAGCCAUCUGCACUGGUCAACAGCAAGUUAUGGCUGGAGGGACCAGACUGGCUAUCACUACCUCACUCCGCGUGGAAAUCUGAAAAUUAUGUGCCAAAUGUUUCAGAUGGGGGGAGGGAUGAGAUGAAAGUAUUUACUCUCAUCAAGUUUAAAGACAUGUUAUACAUGAAUAUGAAAGAUACUGGAAAGAGCGUUCCGAUACAUGAAUGCACGAGCACACUUGAGAAAGCAAUUAAUGUUACAGCAUACGUUUUUCGUUUUAUAGACAAGGUCAAAGCGAAGGCGAAAGAAACGAAGGAAUGGGAAAAAAGAUAUGGAAAGAGGCGAAGACUUUCGCGGCGUUACGCAACAAAGUCGGAAAGAAAGGCGAUACAACUCACAUCGUCAGAGAAGGAAGGAGCAGUAGUAUAUCUACUGCGGAGAGAACAGGAAAGAUAUUUUGGGAAAGAAAUAACUGCCAUUUGA